UCUCCCGUGCGCCCUCCUCUUUGUUUUCGAUUCCCGCCUCCACCACCUUUGCGAGGGCCGACGCCCUGUGUACGAUUUGUGUAGAAGACCAUGGCCUUCGUCAGCGGCCUGGGGGAUCGCCCCGACGAUAGGCGCUUUCGCAAUCCCCAGUCCCCGCGCGAAGAGUCGACGACGUUCUCCGGCCUGACCUCCCCCAUACGCAGCCUGGCCAGCCAGAUGCAUGCGCACGCAUCCCCCUCGAGCGACCCCCGCGGCAGUCUGUCGAGACGUUUUACCACCAACACUGUACCAACAUUGCCUACACUAUCUCCUUUGUCGCCAAUUGGUCUGCAGCGCAGACAAGCGGCGGAGAACGUCGAGUUUACGACCGCGACCUAUCAUAAAGUGCAACUGCUCGAGAAGAAGCGCCUCGAGUACGAAUUCCUCAAGGAGCAACGUCGUCGGUUUGAGGCCGAGAUGGAGCUCUUCGAUAUCCACUGCGAUAGCGCCAAGCAAGACUGGGAGCGCUUGUCACACGAAACCAAGGGUGCUGCCGGCCACCAGAGCGAGCCUACAACCCCUCCCGAAUACCGCGAGAACGGCUUUCCGUCUGCCUUCUCUCGUCCUCAGCGCUACUCGAUGCAGAACUUGACGUCACCUCAGCAGCCCGGCCUGUUGAACCGUCCCGGUCGUUCGGGCUCACAGAUCACUUCUCCUCCCCAGACCCAGAUCUUCAACAACCAGUCGGUUUCUCACGUGCCUUCCAAAUCCAUGCCCGGUUCCCGGCGUGGUUCGGAUGAAGACGAAGACAACUUUGAGUUCGAUAUCUCGACCAUGAACCCUCGCACCGGUAGAACCAGUCUCAACAGGAACUCAAUGCCCAUCACCAGUGGUCGUGCCAACGCUGACCUUCCCGACCUCACCUCCGUUUUGGGUCACAUUGACACCACCAACUUCCUCUUCGGAGACGACGACGAGAAGCCUCGCAACAAGGGCUACAAUCCUGCUGCUUCACCUGAUGUCAAGAACUACCUGCAGAUGAACACCACCGACGAUAAGUUCCCGAUUCUGGUCCGCCGUGACGGUGACGGCCCGAUGCAGCUUUCCGCGUCUUCCGCCGCAUUGGAUCUCGCGCUUUCGCAGUCCCCCGGCCCCGAGGCUGAGUCAAACGGCUGGUCUUCGUUUGCUCCUCGUCAUCGUCAGGCUCAACACAGCCUUCCGGCAAACAACUUGCGCAAGGCCGAUGAGUUCGAAGGCGCUGGAAGCAACGGCGUCGAGACGCCCAGGCGUUCGACUGUUGGCAACCGUCACUCUAUGGAAGUGAGAUUCAGUCCCUUUGGUGACUCGAAGCGCCCGGGUUUGAUCAACACACCGCCGAACGGAGCGACGAACGGCUUUCCGAAGCUUCAAUCAUCCUACUCGACCAACGACCUGCCCACCAUUUCGUCCGUCAAGGCUACCAAUGGCAUCAACGGCAACAACGCGGCUCCCACCAUUGGUGUUAACUCUCACGCUGAACAGCAUCUCCAUAAUCACAAUGCUAGUCUCGGUCGUAUUCCGCCCACCGCGGUUAACCGUCACAGCCGUGAGCUUUCUGGUACUGAGAACCGGACUGAGGAGUCCAAGAACACUUUCCGUUCAAUCCAGUCGGCUUUGCAGGCUAGCGCUGCGCCUUUCGGCCCCAGCCUUCCUGCACCCAACUCCUCUGCCAUGGCGUCAUCUUCGUCGUCGACAAUCACCGCUUCCUCUGGCACCAAUGCGACUGCUGUUACCUCGGCUGCCAUGGCGCAGUACAACAACAACAACAACAACCCAUACUACGGCGGGUACGGCAUGCAGAUGCUCAACAUGGGCAUGAACCAACUGCAAGUCAAUGGGCAGCCGCCCUACAACCAGAUGCCUAUGUACGGUCCCUCCUACGGUCAGUUCCCGCAGCAGCCGUAUCAGCAGUACGCUCCGCCGCCGCAGGUUCAGCAGCCACCUCGCUUCCCUGACAGCCAGGCUCGGGUCAUUCAACAGCGUCGCAUGCAAAACCACGAGGACCAGGUCCGCGCCCAGCAGUACGACUUCAGCUCUCUGCUGCCUCAUGAUAUUGUCGAGUUGUGCAAGGAUCAACACGGUUGCCGCUAUUUGCAGAAGCAGAUCGAGGGUCGCAACCAGGAGGUGAUGGCUAAGAUCUUCGAAGCCAUCCGCGAGCACGUAGUUGAGCUCAUGCAGGAUCCUUUCGCCAACUACCUCUGCCAGAAGCUUCUUGAAUUCAGCGAUGACGAGCAGCGCACACUCCUCAUCCACAACGCCGCUCCUAGAAUGGUCAACAUUGCUCUCAACCAGCACGGCACUAGGGCCCUCCAGAAGAUGAUCGAGUACAUUACCACGCCCGAACAAAUCAACACCAUCAUCGAAGCUCUGCGCCAGAACGUUGUCCUCCUCAUUCAGGACCUGAACGGCAACCACGUCAUUCAGAAGUGCUUGAAUCAUCUUGCUUCCGAGAAUGCCGAGUUCAUUUUCCAAGCUGUCGCCAACAGCUGCGUCGCUGUCGGUACUCAUCGCCACGGUUGCUGCGUUCUGCAGCGCUGCAUCGACCACGCCACCGGCACUCAACGUGACGAACUCAUUGGUGCCAUUACACGCAGUGCCUUUGCUCUGGUUCAGGAUCCGUUCGGCAAUUACGUGGUUCAGUACAUUUUGGAUCUUCAGGACGAGGCCUACUCGAAGCCGCUGUGCUUCAGCUUCCGUGGAAGUGUUCCUGCCUUGUCCAAGCAGAAGUUCAGCUCCAAUGUUGUCGAAAAGUGCAUCCGUGUCUCUGAUGAAGAGACCAAGCGUAUGCUUAUUGAGGAGCUCCUUCAACCUAACGAGAUUGAGAAGUUGAUCCGCGACUCAUAUGCCAACUAUGUCAUUCAGACUGCUCUUGAUUAUGCCGACGCUCCCACCAAGAUUCGUCUCGUGGAGGCUAUCCGUCCUAUGUUGCCCUCGAUUCGUCAGACUCCUUAUGGUCGCCGCAUCUUGAGCAAAGUCCAAGAGUUCGACAAUCGCAUGAGCAACCACUCAAGUGGCCAGAUUGCUCCUCUGACCGGCGGAGGCCAGGCCCAGCUCACCUACCCUGGUCCGAUGAACUCUCAGGCUCCUGCUGUGCAGAGCCCUCCUCCGCCGGCCUACAGCAGCAUGGCCAACGGCUACGGCGCCAACCUCGCUUCUCCUCAGCCGCACCGCAUGUCGAACACGUCGCUUCCCAACCACCUUCAGUCCAAUGUACAACAGAACUUCGGUUACCGUGGUGGUCAGCCUAACGGCAUCUACUACUAAGCGACCGCUCACGACAUCAUGAAUCACGAUUGACGUAGAAGCGUCUUGCUUGCAUCAGCGGCGAUUCACGUUUCAUAUGCUGG